AUGCCGUCGACUUGUUCGAUCGAUGGCCUCGGAAAGGAAUGGGAGGCGAUCCCUGAUAUCCGCAACAGCUUGCGUGAGGGCAAGCCACUCAUCCACGAGGUCAGUGAGAAGCAGGUGGACAUCAAGCUGCCGAGCAAGUUCAAACUGCUGAUCAAGCCCAUCCUGGUCAGGAUGCAUGCAGCUGACAAGAAGAUGCCCGGAGUGGAUCCUCUCCGAGCAGAGGUCAAGACAGUGCUUGAUCUCACGAAGCGGUUGUCUAAUGAGGAGAGCGAGAUCGAUAAGUAUACUUGGCUUAUCCGCAAGCAGCUCACCUUUAUCAAGGCAAAGUGCCGCCGCCGGGAAGUAUCCACCGCCGUGGACGAGGAUGAAGAUGCUUACGAUGAUGACGGCGACUCUGACGAGGCCUCGGAAGAGGCUGCUCCAGAGGGCCCCUCGUCCAGUGCGGGCGCGGGUGGCGAUGCAGGAGCCGAGGAAGACGUGAAUGCAGCAGCUGGUGGUGUUGGCCCUGUUGACUGCGAUGAUCUUCAUGAUUUGCUGAAUGAGCUGAAUGAUAUCCACAGCCCCGCAAGGUCUGCUUUGGUACCCCAUGCUGAGCAGCCAAGUGAGGACCCGAUAUUUCCCAGUCAUCCGAUUAUCAUCGAUGAUGGUGAUGAAUCUGCCGUGGCGCCUCCGACGGAGUGCAGCCACGACAGUGGGCGGGCUUUGGAGAUGCCUGCUGAGGCAGCUGCUGAGGUCGCAGCAGAGCCUGCGGCUGUGGGGUCCACCGCUGAGCAUGAAGUUCGAGCCGAUGUUGUGGAUGGGUCCAAUGGAGGCUCCACGGAGCCGGGAUCCACCGCGGAAGUGGAAGCUUCCGCUGGGAGUGCGGUUGCCGCGUCCGAUAUUGGCCGUGUGGAUCAGUUGGCUGUGCGUGCCAAGAUCAAGGCACAGACUAAGCGUGGAAAGAAGAAGGGUGAUGAUGAGGAGAAUGACAUGGAGAUGUGUGACACUGACAACAACGAGAAGAACGCACCGCCCGAGAAUGACGAUAAGAAGUGUGGCACUGACAACAAGAAGAAGGCAGCACCCAAGAAUGACGCUAAGAAGUGUGGCACUGACAACAAGAAGAAGAAGAAGAGCGCAGAAGCUGAGUGGGAGACUGGUGCUGACGGGGGAGGUUACAGCGCCGAAGAGUGGGAUCACUGGCUCCAGUACGGCUAUGGCUAUGAUGAGGGUGAUCAGUGGGAUGAAGAUGGUCAUUGGGAUGGUGAUCAGUGGGUUGCGUCCUACGAGAACGAAGAGCCUAAAACGAAGCCGGACAGUGUAGCGACGAGCAAGAAGCGCAAAGCUGAGGGCUCGCCUGAGGAAGAUGAGCCGGAGCCUUCGAAGAAGGCAGCUCGCCCAAAGGCCGGCCCAAAGGCCAAAGCGAAAGCCAAGGCAUCCCCCAAGGCGAAAGGCAAGGCGAAAGCAAAAGCUUCCGCCAAGAAGGGUGCCAAGAGCUCUGCAAAGGACACUGAGCCCGAGCCGGAGAAUGAUGGUCCUGAUGGCACAGACGACGAGGAGGGGAAGCCCGUGAUUUUCGCAAGACGGUACAGGCCGGGGUCACAGAAGAUGGCCAUGGCCAAGUUCGAUGCUAUCCGCGAUGCCUUCUUGAAGAUCGUGCGCCCGCGGCUCAAGACCACUUGCCCAAGCUCGUUCGAGGAGAUGCGGAAUUCGUUUUGUGAUGAUCCCUUUUGGACCCACUGCGUGCAAGAGUUCAAGGAAUGGACGAUCGAUUCUGAGACGGUGCCGGCAGCAUGUGAGACUGCUGCAGAGAGCUUUAUCAAAAAGAUCGCGAAGAAGUGA